AUACUCGGUUCAGUUCAACUCACUUCAAUUUAGGGAGUGAUUUACCAUCAUGUGCACUUUCAGCUGGGGAACAACCAGGUGGUUGCGCUCCUUUUACCUGCCCCUAAUCACCAUAUUACUCUUCAUUCAGGAGCCCGUGAUGCCCAUUUGCCUAAAUGUGAUCUCUUUCUCUUUCUGGCUCUCUGUGGCACUCACAACUCUUUGCAGAGAUUUGAACCACACGAGGUUUAAACGCGCCGGAGUGUGGGAAUAACUUUGUGUUUUUUGCCCAUUUAUCCGAAGCGAUCCUUGGAUAAACCUUCGUGGGAUAUUUUGGUUGUAUUAAGAGGCUGGUUUGACAGACGCACCCCUCCAUCCCGUAUUCCACCGGGAGGAUGUCUGGGCGCACAAUGAAGUGAAUCCGAAAAUCUUAUAGAUUUUUGUUGUUGGUGUUUCAAUAGCCUGCAGGUUAGCUAUUGCAACUGGAUAUGAGAACAGACUCGCCCUUUGGAUAUAAAGCUUGGGAAUUGAGCUUGCGUGUCGGAAUAGUCUGAGAAGAGGUGAAAUGUUUUGGUGCCAAUUUUUGUGGCAAAUGGGGCAAAUGAGAAGAUUGGUGUGUUGUUAAAAUGCGCUAAGUCGGAGAAUUAUUUUCUUCUGCUUCGCCGGAUUUUUGCAGUGUGCUCGGGCAACGUGAGCGUGGCUUUUAAAAAAGUGUUCCAAAAUUCCUUAGCGCAUAGGUCUUAAAGUGGAACUCAAAUAUUGAUUAUCUUUGUCAUUUUGUGGCUCGAAAUGGUUCCCAAAAACUUAUCCAGUAAGGAGCACUGAGGACUGCCGUCUGAUUUUCUUUUUGGCUUUCUGUGGAAAUGUGAGUCCAGCAACGAUCAGUGCGCACCACACAGAUUCGCCAAGGCUGCAACGUAUUACCCAAUUUUCCAUCAGGGAACCGGGCUUUGCACCGCAGCAUCGCAACAACGUUCUGGCUUUUUCCUCACCGAAAUGCCUCCGUGUGCACCAAUAACAUAAAUGGCCAGAGGCCACUGAUUUUCCGUGGUGUUCACUGGCCAGGUGUGUCAGAGAAGGCGAAACAUUGGCUGUUUUGUUCAGUAAAUCCUGGACACACCUUUUUUAAUGCCUGUCAAGAUCUCGCCUGGGUUGCAAUGACAAGCGAGGAGUGUCCUGUGCCGCUGGGGAGCACUUCCCCAGCAGUGCCAGGGCAGAUUGAGGACUACAGCUUGGCACAGGCUGAUGACAUCAUCGAGGAAGUGGGUCCAGGUGAUGAUGACAGUAUCGGCAGUGACUUCAGCACUCUCGUGUUGCCCUUCCCAGAGCUGGCCCCUGUCGUCUUUUUCUGUCUCAAACAGACCACCUGUCCUCGCAACUGGUGCAUCCGUAUGGUCUCCAGCCCGUGGUUUGAAAGGAUUAGCAUCAUGGUCAUCCUGCUCAACUGUGUGACACUGGGCAUGUACCAACCCUGUGAGAACAUUGACUGCACCUCGGACCGCUGCCAGAUACUGCAGGCUUUCGAUGCAUUCAUCUACAUCUUCUUUGCAUUGGAGAUGGUGGUAAAGAUGGUGGCUCUUGGGAUCUUUGGUCAUCGCUGUUACCUGGGAGACACGUGGAACAGGCUGGACUUCUUUAUUGUCAUGGCUGGGAUGGUAGAGUACUCACUUGACCUGCAGAACAUCAACCUGUCCGCCAUUCGAACAGUGCGGGUCCUUCGGCCGCUCAAAGCCAUCAACAGAGUGCCAAGUAUGCGUAUCCUGGUGAACCUGCUGCUAGACACGUUACCCAUGCUGGGCAAUGUGCUGCUGCUCUGCUUCUUCGUCUUCUUCAUCUUUGGUAUCAUCGGGGUGCAGCUGUGGGCAGGGCUACUGAGGAACCGCUGCUACCUGGAGGAGAACUUCACCCUCUCUUCAGGUAUGACCCCACCGGCACCGUACUACCGGCCCGAGGAGGGCGAUGAACGUCCCUUCAUUUGCUCCUUGCCGUCUGAUAACGGUAUCAUGUCAUGUUCUGAUGUGCCGGCGAGGCGCGAGGGAGGCCGCACGUGCUGCCUGGACAAAGAGGACGCGCUCCACAGACAGGCUCUUGGCCUGAGUCCUGAGCCGCUGUUCAAUGGCAGCGGUGCUGGUGAGGCAGUGGGUCUAUGCAUCAACUGGAACCAGUACUACACCCGCUGUCAUACAGGGAAUGUUAACCCCCACAAAGGUGCCAUCAAUUUUGACAACAUCGUCUACGCCUGGAUUGUCAUUUUUCAGGUGAUCACUCUGGAGGGCUGGGUAGAGAUCAUGUAUUAUGUGAUGGAUGCCCACUCCUUCUACAACUUCAUCUACUUCAUCUUACUCAUCAUUAUUGGUUCCUUCUUCAUGAUCAACCUGUGCCUGGUGGUUAUCGCCACCCAGUUCUCAGAGACCAAACAGCGGGAACACCAACUGAUGCAGGAGCAAAGGGCACAAUGCCUGUCUUCCUCCACCCUGGCCAGCAUGACUGAACCAGGGGAUUGCUAUGAGGAGAUCUUCCAGCUGGUCUGCCACGUCAUCCGCAAGGCAAAGAGGAGAUCGGCAGCUCUGUACUACACACUGAGGGGCAAGCCCCCACCAGCUGGUGGAGGCAGGGGUAACAGACGUGGUGGAGGGAAUGUGAACAGAGAGCGGCACAACUCAAGGCACCCACAAUCAUCACACUGUCCACACCAAAGUAAGCAAGACCAUAGCUCUCAGCCACUAGCCAACUCCAUCAGUCUGUCUGUCCCUCAAAAUCCUGAGGACUGUCCUAUAUGUGCAAUGUCACUGAAAGAGGGAGUGAGGGCUGUGGAAGACUCUGGCAACGGAGAGGAAGAUGAGGAGGAUGCUGUGAAGGAGACAUCCAAGGAGGAGAACCACUUAGAAGAAAGGGCGGAUGGGGAGAGGAAGAGGAGGAGGACGUGCUUUGGGCAUUGUAAGGACAUUUGGAAUGAUAUAAGGAGGAAGCUUUGGGGCAUUGUGGAGAGCAAGUACUUCAGCAGGGGCAUUAUGAUCGCCAUUCUCAUCAACACCAUCAGUAUGGGCAUCGAACAUCAUAACCAGCCUGACGAGCUGACCAAUGUUCUGGAGAUCUGCAAUAUCGUCUUCACCAGCAUGUUCACACUGGAGAUGAUCCUAAAGCUCACUGCUUUUGGUUUCUUUGAGUACCUGAGGAACCCCUAUAACAUCUUUGAUGGUAUCAUUGUCAUCAUCAGUGUGUGUGAGAUCAUCGGCCAGGCAGACGGCGGUCUGUCAGUGCUGAGGACCUUCAGGCUGCUGAGGGUCAUCAAGCUGGUGAGGUUCAUGCCUGCACUGAGGCGGCAGCUGGUGGUGCUGAUGAAGACCAUGGACAAUGUGGCCACCUUCUGUAUGCUGCUCAUGCUCUUCAUCUUCAUCUUCAGUAUCCUCGGGAUGCACAUAUUUGGCUGUAAGUUCAGUCUUAAGACACAGGCAGGAGACACUGUGCCUGACAGGAAGAACUUUGACUCCCUGCUCUGGGCCAUUGUCACUGUCUUUCAGAUUCUGACUCAGGAGGACUGGAACAUGGUGCUAUACAAUGGCAUGGCCUCCACCUCGCCCUGUGCUGCCCUCUAUUUCGUCGCUCUUAUGACGUUUGGAAACUAUGUGCUCUUCAAUUUACUGGUUGCCAUCUUGGUUGAGGGUUUCCAAGCUGAGGGCGAUGCAGAGAAUGAUAAGCAGAGAGACUCUCUGCAUCUCUCAGACCCAAAGAUUUGUACACUGACUCCUAACGGGCACCUGGACUUGUCCCCAAUGUCUGCUGCUCUUUUUCCAGGAGAGAGGUUGACCUUGACUCUCAACUCCAGGAAGAAUAGUGUUAUUUCUCUUGGCAGAGCCAACCUGGAGCAAAGGGCUGUGUACCCAGGUCGGAGUUACCACAACUGGGGCCGUCCCCUCCCUCCUCAGCCUCAGACCUUGUGCGCCCGUCGCUCCAGCUGGAACAGCCUGGGAGGAGGCCAACCCUGCUCCUCUUCAUCCCCCUCUGCUAGUCCAAUCUUCACCCCCACCUCUGCAAGGCCCUUCUCUGGCUAUGGCCUCGGGGGUCUGGGAGGGGUGGUUGGGGGGAGUCUUCGUGUUCGGGGGCCGCCCGCCUCGUCAUCGCCGCAGCAACAUCUCUAUCGUGCUCACCCAGACGAGGAGGAGUCUCUCCUCUCACCUCCUGCUGUUGCCCCCCAAACUCUUCACCUUCCAGACCAUUUUGUACCCAAGAGGGACCGUAGAGCUUUGUCACUAGAGCUGCCCCACCAGCUGCAGGUCCCAGGAGCCCAGCUCCCUCCAUCACCACCACACCACCCUCUGCCACGCCUCAUGCUUAAUGCCCACCACAGGAAGAAGAGCUUCUCUGGGGGGAUGGUAAUCAGUGGAGGUGACAGUCUGGGUGGCUUAGCAGGGGUGCAUCAAGAUUGCAAUGGGAAGACCCCACUGUCACAGCUUCUCCAGCCCCCUGCUCAACACCAGAGUGAGCAGGUGGGAGGAGUAAACCCCCAGAGCCAGCUGAUGGCUGACGUCUUCCCGCAGGUUAACGCACGAAGCAAGGACCGAGAGGACCUGGACGACGACAUUGACUAUAGCAUGUGCUUCCGCAUCCAGAAGAUGUUAGAAGCAUAUAGACCAGACUGGUGUGAGACCAGAGAGGACUGGUCUGUCUUCAUAUUCUCCCCACAGAACAAGUUCAGACAGAUAUGCCAGUCUAUUAUAGCCCAUAAGCUGUUUGACUAUGUGGUGCUGGCCUUCAUCUUCUCCAACUGCAUCACAGUAGCUCUGGAGAGGCCCAAGAUCCUGCAGGGCAGCUUGGAAAGAGUCUUUCUCACCAUCUCCAACUACAUUUUUACUGCCAUCUUUGUGGGCGAGAUGACACUCAAGGUGGUGUCCAUGGGCCUGUAUAUAGGUGAACAGGCUUAUCUGCGGAGUAGCUGGAAUGUUCUGGAUGGCUUCCUGGUUUUUGUCUCUCUGAUUGACAUCGUAGUGUCCAUGGCAGGUGGGGCCAAAAUCCUGGGUGUUCUUAGAGUACUCAGACUGCUCAGAACACUGCGUCCCCUCAGGGUGAUUAGCAGAGCUCCAGGUCUGAAGCUUGUGGUAGAGACCCUCAUCACUUCUCUGAAACCCAUUGGCAACAUCGUCCUCAUCUGCUGUGCUUUCUUCAUCAUCUUUGGUAUUCUUGGGGUACAGCUGUUUAAAGGCAAGUUCUUCUACUGUUUGGGCCCUGAUGUCAAAAACAUCACCAACAAGUCGGACUGUCUGCAAGCCAAGUACAAGUGGGUUCACCAUAAAUACAACUUUGACAACCUGGGCCAGGCUCUGAUGUCUCUGUUUGUACUCGCCUCCAAGGACGGCUGGGUAAACAUCAUGUAUCAUGGUCUGGAUGCUGUGGGUGUGGACCAACAGCCCGUGACCAACAACAAUCCAUGGAUGCUGCUGUACUUUAUCUCCUUCCUCCUCAUUGUUAGCUUCUUCGUCCUCAACAUGUUUGUUGGCGUGGUGGUGGAGAACUUCCACAAGUGCCGCCAACACCAGGAGGUGGAAGAGGCCAAGAGGCGUGAGGAGAAGCGUCAGCGGCGCAUGGAAAAGAAGAGGAGGAAAGCCCACAAGCUGCCCUACUAUGCCAGCUAUGGUCACGUGCGAUUAAUGAUUCACACACUUUGCACCAACCACUACCUGGACCUCAUCAUCACCUUCAUCAUCUGCAUCAACGUCAUCACCAUGUCCCUAGAGCACUACAAUCAACCCCGUUCACUGGAUCUCGCCCUGAAGUACUGCAACUAUUUCUUUACCUCCACUUUCGUGCUGGAAGCAAUACUCAAACUCAUCGCCUUUGGCUUUCGCCGCUUCUUCAAAGACAGGUGGAACCAGUUGGACCUGGCCAUUGUGCUUCUGUCGGUGAUGGGCAUCACCCUGGAGGAGAUUGAGAUCAGUGCCGCGCUGCCCAUCAACCCCACUAUUAUAAGGAUCAUGAGAGUUCUGAGGAUAGCACGAGUGCUGAAGCUGCUGAAGAUGGCGACAGGAAUGAGAGCCCUGUUGGAUACGGUGGUCCAAGCCCUUCCUCAGGUGGGUAACCUGGGCCUGCUGUUCAUGCUACUGUUUUUCAUCUACGCCGCCUUAGGAGUAGAGCUUUUUGGAGAACUUGUUUGCAAUGAAGAUUACCCAUGUGAGGGUAUGAGUCGUCACGCUACCUUUGAGAACUUUGGCAUGGCCUUCCUUACCUUGUUUCAAGUAUCCACGGGCGACAACUGGAAUGGCAUUAUGAAGGACACAUUGCGGGAGUGCCCACCAGACCAUGGCACUGAUGUGGACUAUGCCUGCAAUCCAAGCCUACAGUUUAUCUCGCCCAUGUAUUUUGUCUCCUUCGUGCUCACCGCCCAGUUUGUGCUCAUCAAUGUGGUGGUGGCCGUGCUGAUGAAGCACCUGGACGACUCCAAUAAGGAGGCCCAAGAGGAGGCGGAGAUGGAUGCAGAAAUUGAGCUGGAGCUGGCCCAGGGCACCCUCUGUUGUAUGGGCACCCCCGGCUGCGGCGGUGGGGGGUUGGAGAAAGGACUAGCUGUUGCUGGAGGAACAGCAGUGGGAAAGGAGAGAGGAAGUGCUAGAGGAGAGAGGGGAGAAGGAAAGACAAGACACACAGCAGCUGCUGCACAACAAGGACCAUACAACUCCCGUGACUCCAGCCGGACCCUGUACUCACUAGCACAAGAGAGCCAGUGGCUGGACAGUGUGUCUCUCCUGAUCAAGGACACGUUAGAGGGGGAGAUGCUGAUGAUCGACAACCUCUCCGGUUCUGUCUUCCACCACUACUCCUCUCCUCCACCAAUCUGCAAAGACUGCAAGGGCCACCCACCAGAGCAGAUCAGGAUGGCAGAGAUUGAGCAGGCAUCGCUGAAGUCAGAGCAACUGUCAGACAAGUCGUCGUCUCCUGCUCUGCCAGACGACCUCAGCCUGGACGAGCAUACUGCCUACCAGCUGCUGGCGCGAGAGAGCAAGGGAAGGUGCAGCAGUGACUCACACAGCUCUGAGGAGGCUGGAGGUGGAGGAAGUCAUAUAGGAAUCCACCAGACUCAGACUGUGGUGCAGAGCCAAGUGCAGGCCAUGCGUCAGCCCUGCAGGGCCCUUUGCAGUAGUGUUGAGAUGGAGACUACACUACAGAAGAUGGAGGUACAAACUCACCAACCUCACUGCAGCCCUGGUGGUGUGUCCCACAGCAGCAACAAGGAGAGAAGCAAAGAAGGAGAUGGAGGAGCCCGUGGCAUUUCUUCUCUCUUCCACCUGCCUACAGAGUUCUUCCACCCUGCAGGAGGGACCAUCCCAGCACCUCUGCGCAGCAGGAGCCUACGGUUGACAAGGGGCCUUAGGCUGACCUCCCCAGUCUCCUGGGCUUCACUCCGCUCCCCAGGAGCCCACAGAAAGAUGCUCUGUACACAGUACCCGUCCCACAGUGACUCAUCCCUUGCUACGGGCAGCUCUGAAGGCAGCCUCCAGACCACCCUGGAAGAGGGACUGAGCUUCAGCAUCUCUCCACCACAGAAUCUAGAGCCGACAGCUCCCUCACCACUCAUGUGCCCACUCCCACUGCCUGAAGACAGCACUACCCUUUCCUCUCUGGUCCAGACUCUAAGACUGAGGCCAAGUUCCUCAUCGGGACUAACCCUCCAGGCUACCAGGGGCCACCAGCGGAGCCAGAGCAGCGGGAGAGGUAGCACCAGCCCUGGCUACACGCGUGAUGACUCAAUUGACCCUUCAGAUGAGGACCUGGGUAUAGGCAUUGGAUCAUCUACUGGUGGUUGUGGCUCCAGCCAAGCAGGCAAUAGUGAAAACUUGUCAGAGACACUGAGCAGCUUGUCGCUAACAUCACUGCUGUCACCCAGCUCCCUGGUGUACCCAGGGGGAGCAGUGAAGAAGUGCAACAGCACAGGGAGCCUGGACCAAGGGGGGAUGCUGCUGUCAUCCCGGGGCAGGGAAGGCCGCAGGGAGAUUCUGGGCCUAGAGCUUAUGGACCCCCAGGGGUUCUUGGCCAAUCCCUGGAAAGGGGUAUUACUUGAUACAAGAAGAGGAGAAGGAAGAGGGGAAAUAGAAGAUGGAGAGCAAGGAUUCAAAGGGAAGAGCUCAAGCCAAACAACAGUAGGGCCUUGUCGGAAAAACAGAUGAAACCUGCUGUUUAUUCUCCGUUUGUCUCUCCAUUCCUUGGAUCGAAGCCCAUUGCUGUUCCUCUCAUUCUCUCUGCUCCCAUCAGUGAUAGAGAGGGUUGAUGACACAUGAUGUCCUGUUUUCCAAAACAAAACCCUCAUCUUACCCCUUUAACCCCUUUCGGUACAUUUGUGACAAGCCCUUGUCCUAUUUUGUGCUACCUACCGGAGUGGACUUUGUUAUGGUCUGCUGGUGAGGAAGUGUCCUGCAGAGUUAAUGGAGCUGACGAUAGCUCCAUAUACCUCCAUAUAGAGGUUGUACCUGCAGAGGAGAUUCUGCUCACACUGGAAGACCAAGAGGCCCAUUCACAUCAGGGAAUCAGUAGGAGCAGAAAUAAAACAGCUUAAACUCAAAGAUGCAAGAAAAAGUCUUGGCACUCUACUCUAGUUUUUAUUAAUUUAUUUACUUGUGUUGGCUUGGGUUCACUGAGGUUGAAAAUGCAAAAAUAGAGGUACCCAGACCGAAAUAGCUAUUCAUACCAACAGAGACUGUUUUGUUUCAUUUAUGUCUCAGAGGCAGUGCAACAAGAAGUAAGUGGGCAGAGGCUCUGAGAUGGUGGAAUAUAUCAAGGCGGAAGAAAGGCUGGGAAAGGAGAAGGCAGGUCAUUUGUUUGGCUUUGAAAGCAGAAAGCGGAUCUAAUGUCCAUCUGUUCUGGCAGACGGAAACAACAGGUCCUACUCACUCUGGCACAGGACCUUCUGCUGAGCUCAGUGUAAUUUGCAAGGUGGAGGAGAGUUCAAGAGUGUGUGCACAUAGUGUGUGUUUGAGUGUGAGAGCACUGUCUCAGGUAUCCAUGGCAUAAUUUAAAUCAUUCUCAUCACGUCACCAUACCUCUGUUUUUGAAACAGGAAAUAGUUAUUGCCCGAUCAAAGCUUUGUGCCUCUGUCAACCUGGUCGUGAAUGACAGUGGAAAAUUAAAAGAAAUAGACAGAUUGUGCAGCUAUACAGUAUCCAGGCAUGGAGUGAUUCAUGAAAUUGGUUAUUUUUCUGUCUCUCUACAGCAUCUUUCACUCACUCAGACAUGGAGAAAUGAGGAUGAAAAAGAGCUAGGUUGGAUGGAGCUUUACAACCCCCAUCAAAAGAAACAAUCAUAUGUGUGUGGUGCAGCCUUGUGUGCACCAAGAAAUGGUUCACAGCUACGUAAUAAAGUGAGACUACAAGCACACUCCUUCAUCUCACCAUGUUUAAGGAUUUAAGAUGAAUGAACAAAACCACAAGAACUGUGAGGGACCUUGACUGCAUGAUGGAAUUGCAUUUAACCAAGAGUUUUAUCUAUAUACAGAAGUGUAUCAAGAUGUCAAUGUUGGGUGAUAACCAUGUGAUUUCUAAUCCACUAUUUUUGUAGGAAACAGAAUAGGCACCUGCAAGUGUUUCCAUUACUUUGUCCCUAUUUAAUUUAACCCAUAUGGUCUCUCUGACUUGUUGUCUAGGACUUUGUCUGCCAGUGACUUCCAGUUUUAUAACAUUUUUUAAAGUGCGGACAGUGUACAAAACAACAAAGCAAAAAAUUUCCAACAAACUAUGUGGGCUGAAGUGAUUGUUCCCUCCAGCACAUUUCUCCUUGGGAACACUGGUUCCUCGUGGAUUUUUCUCAGAUGUUGGAGUCCCAGAGGACAACCAGAGACAGGAACAGCCAUAUUCACCCAGCACAUGAGGAUUGCUAUAGCUCACACACAUUCCUGGCUGCACACAGUGAACUGUGUUUGCUUUUUAGCCUCCUAUGCUAAAAAAAACCCAUGAAUAGUGUAAACCAUCUCUAUGAAAGCUUUAAUUUGAGAGUUACACCGCAACAUAUCGAUCACAGACAUAUUAGUGUUUCUUAAGCAUGGUUCUGGGAUUGCAAUACAGUAUUCUGGAAAUGACGUCCUGAUGCACUCAUCUUCUCUUCCCCGUCCCUUCACACAUACAGUGUGUUGUAGCAACCAUUUCACACACCAUAGUUUGAUAUUAAAAGCUAAUUUAAAAAGAAGACAAAAAAACUAAACUUUGCAUCUUUGAAUGCAAGCUUAUUUUGGCUUCUGACACUUACUCUGUCCACAAGGUGAUGCUUAUCUUUAAGCCUGACUUCUAGAGGUAGACUGUUGCAUCCCCAGUGUUUUAAUCAGUACCUUACUUUUUAAUUUCUCAAAAAGGACUGAGGAGAUGUGAGAAAAUCUGCGGGUUUGACCUUUUUUACCAUGCAAAAUCACUUUGAUGACUAUGUUUAUCACAUGGUAUUAGGUAUUAAUGAAUGGGUAAAGACAAUGUGUAUUUGUGUGUGUGUGUGUGUGUGUGUGUGUGUGUGUGAGUGAGACCAGAGAUUAAAGAUAUCAAAGAGGGAAACAUGACACAACCAAGGGCUGUUUUAGCUUCAAAGAUAUAUCCUCCUAUCUUUCUGAGACAAAUCCUUGUGUCAAUGAAAAUGGAAUCAAAGGUUAAAGCCUGACUACACAGCAAUAAAUGUUCUAUGUGUAUGCCCUGCCUAAAUGAUGUCAUGGUGAUUUUUAUCUCCUCAGAAUACAACAGUAUUCAUUACUGCCUGUUUUUGCUUCUACUUGUCUGAACUAACAACCAAUCAGAUCAGCACCUCUGCCCUCUCAGAGACCAGUCAACAGAGAGAUGGGCUGCAAUUGGCAGACAUGAACAAAUGAGGAUGAUGAACUCAGGUUGGGGGGUAAAAACCACAAGUAAAAUUUUAAAGACAGCUGUAAAGGUGUGGUCAGACUGAAUGCAAAGCUAGAUUUUUCCUUGUUUAUUCACACAAAUUUGACUGCUGGAGGGUUUUUGCAUGUGUUUAUGUGCUACAAACAGCUAAUGCACCAGGUGUUAGUUAACUAGCUAACGGUGCGCCAGCUGUGUGUGUAAGCAGUGUGCCUUUGCACAGUAUAUGCGUGUUCCAGCUCUGACUUAAACCGAUUUCAAAACUCAUCAGGAACUCAAUUAGUUUCCGUCAUUAGCCUCCAAUUCUUUUCUCCUUGUCUCUGUAUGUUUAUGAGGUGGUGUAUACUAGCUUGGGAUGCUUUUUUUAUUUUUUAUUUUUUGCUAGCGUUUGUGAUGGACAUGUUUGUGCUUCUGUUCAUGCUGCCUUGAGCAAACCUGUGUCCAGCUCUACACUGAAUUUGUAUGCAGUCACCCUGCCUUCGAAAUUCGCUUUGCUUUCAGUCUGAACACACCCUAACAGUGUACAAUUCACAUUUGUACAUAUCUUUGUAUUUUGAUCUGCAUGUGUGCAUUGCUGCCAGUGACCGUGAUUAUAUCAUUAGUAUGCAUUUCAUAAAAUUGUACAAAGUUAAAGGUAAUGCCCCAGGUUUUUUUUUAACUGCUACUAUGAAGCCACUAAAAAUAACUGAGUCACAAAAAACAUACUUCCAUUGCAUCAUUCAUGUAUUUUUUGGGUGAGUAAAAGCUGCUGUUCACUCUUUAUCAUUAUGCAUGUUGUUUACAGUUAAAUUAAGAAGCAUUUGACAUGAAGUCAGCACAGUUUAAAAUGGAGAAGAGAAAGCCAGGGACACAAAAGCAGGCAGUGGACAGAGUAAAACAGACAGUGUGAGAGACUGAGGUAGUGAAAUGCUGCAGGAGCGGGAGACUUCUGCAGACAGCUUGUCAUCGAGCAACCUUGUCCAGCGGAGCUGCCAGCGCGAGAGAGCACAUUAGACAUGCACGCUGAACUCUGAAGUGUUGUUUACCUCACACCCCCAACCAACCAGCCCUCUGCCUCAUCUGACCUCUCAAAACCAGCUUUCCCUGCAGGCCCCUGUCCUUCAAAUGUCACUGCAGGAGGGUGGAGGUAUGUGUGUGUGCGUUGAUGCGAGCGCAAACAAGUCUGUUUGAAUGGCCCUUGCUUCAUUUAUCUGCAAGGUCUUUAAAAAAUUGUCCUGUCAUCUGAAAUAUUUGGGCGAUAGCUCCAGUUUGCCUUUCAUCUGCUGAAGAGAACAAGUGCCACCUUGAAACAAACUCCAGAGAACAAUAUCCAAUACUCUCUGUUGAUUACCUCUGAUGGCAACACACAAAAUGCCUGGAGACAUUGAGGCCCCUUGGGUACAAGGUAAUUUUUUCACCUCACCUGUAAUCCCACUGGUCUCAGCUAUAACCUUUAUAGUGCUUCAGUACAGCAGAACAGUAACAAAGGAUGUGGUUUUACAGCUGCAUGGGGAGAUCUCAGCCUGGAUGUGAAUACUCGUGUUUUUGUACAUGUGAACUGGAGACAAAUGCUCCAUAUGUGAGUCAAAGCUUUUUUUUCUUUUUUUUUUGAGGCAGAAUAAAUUUUCAAUGAGUUAAUAUGCGUUUUCCCAUUUUUGUCUGUUUUGUCAAAGAUUUUUUUGGGAUAUCAAGAGAAAGACCACAUCGUCAAAAGGAUUCUUACCCCACAGUUUUGUCAAACUACAUUACAGUCUGAUAACGUUCAAACAGAUGUGUCUCGUUACUG